UCCAGUUGACUCAUUACCUCGACACACUCAAACGCGAUCCCAAACUUAUUGCACACAUAAAGACGGCCUACAGUGUGCUCCGCAGGAAAAUGGCGUCGUCACUUCACAAUUCCGAUAGUGUCUGGGAAUAUAUGGAUGCGCAUAUGGUGACACUGAGCUUUAAAGGGCAAGCAUGAGGACCUGUAUCUGAACCCCCAGGAAGAGGCCGAGCUGGUCACGAGGGUACACCAAGAAGGCCGCAAGCUGUUCGCCACAUGCGUCUACUGCGACCUCCCGAUGACGUGCCUUAAAGCUCUUCUGGACAACGGCCACACAGAUGCGAAAGUUCCUCUCACAUUAGAUGACUGCCCCAGGGAACGGCACAAGCGAAAAUUCGUGACCGGCUUCCUCGUCCACCAGAAGCGUUUCAACACUCCUUAUUUCGCCCAUGAAUCGAGUCAAAGCUUGGACGAUCGGGUUAUACCAAUCUGGCUUGACGAGAGUCGCUCCAACAUGCGAGGCAAAGGAGCUUUCGGCGAAGUGUAUCCAGCCCGGAUACACCGCGACCAUCACUCAUUGUCAUGUGUAGCGAAUGAGAAUGACCUGUUUGCGUUGAAAGUUACUCAGCACGCGGGUCGAGAACAUAAUUACCACGUCGCUAUGGCAGGGCUGAACCACCCUCAUCUCGUCAAAUGCCUCGCUAGCUUCACUUUCAGGACGCGUCUUGCCUUUAUUUUGUCUCCCUCGCCAACCAUUUAUUUAUUUGUACUUUUAGAUUUUUCAAGGAUUUUGAUACCCUAAUUUAUAGUUGCGUUCUCUUUCCGGGCCGAAACGGCGUGUCACAGCACAAUUUGAAAGGCUUGGGUAUUCAUAGGGUGGCUUCCACUUUGGCUCAU